CCAAGUGGAUAACGGAUGGUCAAUAAGACAGACGGACGACUAGAGUACAGGGAGUUGAUGGGAAUCCGAUGCGCGGGAACAAGGGCGAGGAGGGACGGGGGGAGCAGGUGGAGAGUUGAGGAGAAGCAAUGGAUUUGGUGGUUUCGGCGAUGAGCCAUGACAUCUCUUUCGAUGUCAACCGCCCCGAUCGGGUUAGCGCCCACCCAAACCACAUCAGCGAUUCUAGAACCACGAAUUCCGAGGUUUCGCUUGAUCUCCUGGAUAAACUACGUUCUCCUACGGCCUCGCCGGUCAAACAUUCUGGCUCGGGGUGGCGUUGCCUUCGACUCGACGCCCAAACGCAUGUUUAUGUUUGCCCCCGACCGACAAACAAAGCCCCGUUCUUGCGCCUUAAUCUCUUUUUUUUUUCUCUUAUUUUAUUGAUUAUUAUUGUCCUUAUUAUUAACCGCGCGCAAGGAUCGACACCCCGUUGCUGCCUGACUAAGCCCCUCUGUCGAUGCGUCCACAUGCGCGGAUCUACUGGACUUGAUACAUCAGAAUACCAAGCGACACACGGCGCAUACGGUGAUAGAAGAAGAAAGAAAAUAAAAAGAAAAAAAGAAAAACUCCCGAAAAUAACUUCUGAUGGUGGGUAUCAGGGGUCCAGGACCAUAUCUCCGUUGCUUCGACAGCAACGACUGACUGUAUGAACAGGCUGCUGACCGUGGCUAUGCAAGGUCUGUUGUAGAGUGAGAAUCGGACCCUGUCGUGAUGGCAACUAACUAGAAGGAAGCUCGGGGUUAUACCACUAAAAAGACAUAGGCUGACCACCUCCGGGUUUCAUCUUGCG